AUGAGCUACGGUUUCAUUCCGCUGAAUUCCUUUGGCGAGCUUUUGUUGUUGCUGCAGGAAGAGCCGAGAGGAUCAUCUUUAUGGAAAACAACCAACAAACAGGCAACAAAAAACAACAAAAAAGGACGCAGAAAUCAUAAAGUGGUUUUGAACAAGUUAAAAAAGCGCAUAGGGGGAAAAAAAGAAAAAGCUUCGACCCGAUCUCAUUCAUAG